AUGUCAACAUACGCAUCAACAAGCACCACGUCGGGCCCAAAACUAUCGUCGUCCAUAAUCAAAGAGGACGAACAAAAAUGUUCAUCAAUACAUGGUUCAGAUAUAGACCGAUUAUGUUCAAGGACAAGUCGUGCGCAAAGAACACCCUACGAACAAUUAGAAACUUCCAAUCAAGUAUCAUUAGAUACACUUCAUUUAAAUUUUUGUUCAAAUCAUACAUUAAGUCAUUCAAUAAAUCAGACACUUUUUUUCAACGAAAUGACAGAAAACGAAUGUCGAAAGAUGUUCGAAAAAUUGAUAUACUACGACGAAGAAGCUCGAAAUGCUUCGAAACUUUUUGUUACUUAUAUGGAAGCUAUCGAUUGCGCAUCCGAGGAAAACCGCUAUUCAAUAAUCAGAGCCGAUUGUUUACAAGCUUACCGAACAUGGACUUGUUCGGUCAGAAUUCCAUACUUCCAUCAAAAUCAAGUUAUACCGCCUUGUCAAACGAUCUGUGAUGAAGUCGAACGUGUUUGUCCCACAUUUAGACCCAGUGAUCGUGAACCAUUAUUUGCUGGACAAUCAUUGUUCUUUUGCGAUGGAGGUAUUGUGGCAAACAGUGAUUAUGGACAACCACCACAUUGUUUUAACACGUGUCAUUUAGCUGAUGGUUCGUGCAAAAUUCAUUCCGUCUCGUCAACAUCAUCAAACCAGUCUUCAUUAAUAACAACAACAGCAACAAAAACUAGUCAAAAUCAUGCGAGUGAACACUCAUGCUUCGAAAUUGAGCUCUUAACGCCUUCUCUAUCUGAACAGUUUUCAUUGCCUCCUCUGCCAAUCAAUGAUUCAAUACCCAACGAUACAAAUAAUACAUCUAUUUCUUCAUCAGCUAUAUCGUCAAUUGGAUCAUCCAUUAUUCGCAAUCGUUUGACUUUUAUUUUCGUUUUUCUAUCAAGUUUAUUAUAG